GUCGCCCACUUCGCGACGACCUGACGUAGUUCUGAUGGAGCGGGUGGCCGUUGUCUUCCAAGAUUUUUUCGAUUUUUCUUAGGCACUUUUGUUCAAAAAGUUCCUUUAAAUGUGGUAAUGUUCUCUAGAUCUAAGACAGAAAUGCUUUAUUGUGGUACUAGCUUGCUGUUGGUGACUGCUGCACUCUGGACAACUGGCGACGGAUGUUGGGGCACGCCAGGAUGUCAGAUUGUGGAUUUGUCUCAUACGCUGGACACUGAGUCCAUAAAGCUUCCAUUCUUUCCUGACUUUCAUUUCACAGUCUUAACCCAAGGUUUACAACCGGGUGGAUUUUGGUUAGAAUACAACAAAUUUGACACGCCAGAACACAUCAGCACACACAUGGACGCUCCAGUACACUUUUUUAAAGAGGGCUUGAAACUUCACGAGAUCCCGAUUCAACGUUUCAUGGGGCCUGGAGUGGUCAUUGACGUCAGAGGGAAAGUGGACAGAAAUGUCGACUACAGACUAGGUGUCGCAGAUAUUCUGAGAUGGGAAAGAAUCUAUGGACCAAUACCAGAUGGCGCCAUCGUCUUCAUGUGGUCAGGAUGGGACGUCAGGUACCCAAACAAGACAUUGACUUUCAAUUCAAAUACAAUAGAAGACAGUAGGACUUGGCAUUUCCCAGGAUUUCAUCCCGCGGCCAUGUCUUGGCUCGUGGAGAACCGUAACAUCAGUAUGAUAGGUGUGGACACGCCCUCUGUGGACUACGGGCCUAGCACCAAUUACGAGACUCACCAGAUCAUGUGCAAGGCCAACAUCUUGGGUCUGGAGAUUGUCAACAACCUGGGUUUGAUCCCAGCUUCUGGCUCAUUCAUCACGGCUCUACCCAUCAAACUUCUGAACGGAAGUGGAGGUCUUACAAGAGUUGUGGCCAUGUUUAAAAACUAGGAAAA